CUAAGGGCAGUUUUUAUGAGCCCUCAUUGCUAUAACUGUAUAAAGUCCAUCUGUACUGUAAGCUUCCUGUAUCUGCAUCAUUUCAGUUCAAGUGAAAGCCAGUUCAGCUCAAGAGAGAAAACACUGGGGUGAGAAUUCACUCAAGACCAGCCUCUUAGAAAAGGAUAAGAGGAAGCUGGAAGCAGGCGAUGUCUUGGAGACCUGAACUUCCUGUCAAUGUGCCUGCUAUAACGAUACGUGAGAGUGGUUUCAGCAAUGUACCAGAGCAUCCCACUCAGCACAAAAGCAGCGUGGAUCCAUUUAACAGCAAAAAGGAAAGACUCUCGAAGCUGAGCAAUGGAGAAGGCAUUCCAGAACGAUUGGAAAGAGAUCCUGAAUCCCAGCAAAAUCCUUGCAAUGUUCAAGAAUUACGUAAGAAAUUUGAGCCUAAACCUUCAGACUUAAUCCGUGGGCCAGAGAAACCCCCACAGAAGGAAAGCAGAGUGAAUUCACCAAAAAGACCCCAAGAAAGCUUCUCUAAGCAGAGCGAGGGGAAUGCAGAUCCAGUACUUGUGGAAAGAGAGCAACUGCUGGCACAAAGAAGAGCAGAUGAAGAUGCAGAGAAAGAGACCAUGAAGAAGAUAGAUCCUGAAUCCCAGCAAAAUUCUCUCAGUAUUCAAGAACUACUUCAGAAAUAUGAGUCUAAACUCUUAACCUUUGGGCCAGAGACAUCCCCACAAAAGGAAAGCAGAGUGAAUUCACAAAAGAGACCCCAAGAAAGCUUCUCUAAGCAAGGCAAGGGGAAUGCAGAUCCAGUACUUGAGGAAAGAGGAAGGACAGUGGAGAUGAGCACCUCAAAGGUUGUGGAAUCCAUAUGGGAGGAAAUGGAGAAUAUUCUGAAUGAAAAACUGGCUGCGUUGCAGAGACAAAUGGAAAAGACAGCAGCACUAUAUCGAGCUGUACAAGAUGUCCUAAAGAAAGACCUUCAGAUGCUCAGAGAAGACCUGGAGGAAAGAGUAGCUAAAGCAUCUGAGAGGUCUGAGUUUAAAGAGAGUAUGCUGGAGGUGGAGAACCAGGCAGUUGAUGUCACCCUGAAUGCUGAUACAGCUCACUGCAGACUGAAAGUGUCUGAAGAUGGGAAGAGUGUGAAUGACACCGGUGUGAUCAGAAAGGUACCCGACAGGGAGGAGAGAUUUGAUUCCCACCUUUUUGUGUUGGGAAAGGAAGGAUACACAUAUGGGAGGUACUACUGGGUAGUGGAUGUUAGAAGGAGAAAAAACUGGAUAUUGGGUGUUGCUUCUGAAUCGGUGGCUCGUAAGGGGACUGUGACCCUGUCCCCAAAGAAUGGUUUCUGGGUUAUAGCUUUAGCAGAUGGGCAAGAGUAUUGGGCCUACACGGAUCCUUGGACUCGUUUGACUGUGAGUGGUAGACCGCAGAAGAUUGGGAUCUUCCUGAACAUUUCUGCCAACAAACUCUCAUUUUAUAAUGCCAAAAUGAAAACUGCUUUGUACACUUUUAACAUGGGUGGUAGUGUGCAGAAAAGGAUGCUUGUUCCCUUCUUCUCAACAGGUUCUGGUGCUUCAGUGCUUGACACUGAGCCAUUGAAAAUCAUGUAAGAGUUUGAUGACGAUGACUGAAUGUGUGAUUAAAUACAGACUGUGAGAUCAGUUUGAUAUGAUGUCCAAAAAAUCCCUGACUUUGUGCUUCCCAGUGGAAAAUACCUAGGUUUCUUGCAGCUGAUAACACAAUUUUUCAGUGCUAUUUGCUAUCCCUGCCCUGAGACAGCAGAAAGAAGCCCUAGAGAUCAUGUUGAUAAAUGGAGUGUAGCACUCCAGCCUUCAUGUAUGUUAAAGACUCAUGUGAGGAAAUGAAAUGUCAUUUCAGAGCAGGACGUGCAACAUGUACCAUUCAUCUUGAUUGCCCAGGCUAUGUUUUUUUCCCCAUCUCAGUCACACAGAACUAAAUUCAGUAUCCAGGAGAUGUCCAAAAGCAGAUCACAUCAGAAUCACAUAACUAAAUUUGAAUCAGUCCCAUCAUGCUCCUUUAGUUCAGUUCACACCUACCUUACAUGCCAAUUGAACUUCCUGGUCCCCUCCUGUGGCCUCAAAGCAUGGCAAGGGUUAGUCAGUCAUUCUUAAGUGUCUGAAAGGUCUGUGAUUAAAUUAUAUCCAAAGAAACCCAAAACCAAAAAAGGAAUACAGGGAUUCUGCUAUUUCUCCUACUAAAUCUUCAACUCACCAGUCCAAUGAUCCUUUAAAAAUGGUGUGGAAGUCAUUCUUAUUGCCUUAUUCUAGUAGGAAACCUGAAGCACUUGUGAGGGGUUUUGUAGUGUUUCGAUGUCCUUCACUUCCUAAGCAGGGAUGAUUUCACUUAGCAGAAUAAAGUUGCCAAAGCUUCCUUCUUUACUUUGGGUACUGUAGAUCACUCCAGCCUUCCUUCUAACUACAGCUGCGUUCAGUUAAGGCUCCCCUUUCUGAAUCUUCAUGGAGAGGCUUUCUCAAAAAUGUGACAAAUCCCAGCAGUUCCGUUAUCUCAGUAAUCGUUCAUCUAUUUUAUAUAGAAAUUUAAAUUAUAUCAUUGGAGUUGUUCUAAAUCAGGUUUGAUGAGACUUGGAACAACUUGCUAUAAGGUGAAGAUGUCCAUUCCCAUGGCAUGGAAUUUAAACUAAGUCUUUAAAGGUCUUUUCCUACUCAAACCAUUCCAAGUGUCUAUGAAUGAAAGCAUGUAAAAUCAUAAUAAGAAGUGGGGAACCAAACACUAUGUGAAGGAAGCCCACAAGAAGCAUCCAAUGGAAGUUUUUGACAAAUAAACAGUAAUAGUUUUGGGAGAGUUAGGAGACUUUCAUAUUGUAAGGUCUUUUUAGGGCCUAUGAUAUCUACGUAAGUCCAAGUGUAAAUAUUCUACCCUGUAUUUCAUUGUAAUCACAGUUUAAAUAGAAAUAAAUAAUUCCCUUUCUGAUGU